UUCGUAUUUUAAUAUAGAUUAAUUCAUGUAGUGUUCGUUAUUCAAAUAAAAAUUUGGUUUCAUCGCUUUUAAUUUAGUAAAAAUUCUCAAUCUUGUUCUACGAAAACCCCAGUUUUAAUUUUAAUGACACCUGGCAUCACAUAUAGAAUAAUUAAUUAAAAAUGAACGAAAAUGCAAUCACGCAAGUUUGAAAAUGAUGCGCAGGAAAUUAGUAGACAGUAGUUGAAGAAUCAAGGCAAACAACCCAACUCAUCUCCUCUUUGUUUGAUCGCAGUUUCUUCAAGAUGGAUGAAGAGUACGAUGUGAUAGUGCUAGGAACUGGUCUCAAGGAAUGCAUCCUCAGUGGUCUUCUCUCCGUUGAUGGCCUCAAGGUUCUGCAUAUGGAUCGCAAUGACUAUUAUGGUGGUGAAUCGACUUCUCUUAAUCUUAUCCAGUUGUGGAAGAGGUUUAGAGGAGGUGAUAAUCCUCCGGCACAUUUGGGUUCUAGUAGAGAUUACAACGUCGAUAUGAUCCCAAAGUAUAUAAUGGCGAAUGGUGCUCUUGUGCGAGUCCUCAUCCACACCGAUGUCACUAAAUAUUUGUCAUUCAAAGCUGUUGAGGGUAGCUAUGUGUACAACAAAGGAAAGAUUCACAAGGUGCCUGCAACUGACAUGGAGGCACUAAAAUCACCCCUAAUGGGUUUUUUUGAGAAACGACGUGCCAGGACAUUUUUCAGUUAUGUACAUAAUUAUAAUGAAAGUGAUCCUAAAACACAUGAAGGAAUGGAUUUGACACGAGUUACUACUAAGGAGCUUUUUGCAAAGUAUGGUCUCGACGAGAACACUGUGGAUUUUAUCGGUCAUGCAGUAGCUCUCCACAGGGAUGACUAUUAUUUGGACGAGCCAGCGCUGGAUACUGUGAAGAGGAUGCAGCUUUAUGCCGAGUCGUUCGCUAGAUUUGGUGGUGGAUCGUCUUAUAUCUACCCUUUGUAUGGCCUUGCAGAGCUUCCCCAGGCAUUUGCUCGUCUCAGCGCUGUUUAUGGUGGGACUUACAUGUUGAAUAAACCUGAUUGCAAGGUGGAGUUUGACGUGGAAGGCAAGGUGUGCGGUGUUACAUCACAAGGGGAAACAGCUAAGUGCAAGAAAGUUGUGUGCGAUCCUUCCUACCUUCCCAACAAGCUCGUUGGAAGGCGUUUCUGGGCUUCAUUUUCUGUAUGGAAAGCCAAUUGUGUUAAGAAGGUUGGCAAAGUUGCAAGAGCCAUUGCUAUCAUGAGCCACCCUAUUCCUGAUACGAAUGAUUCUCAUUCGGUGCAAAUUAUUCUACCUCAGAAGCAGUUGUGUCGCAAAUCAGACAUGUAUGUGUUCUGUUGCUCUUAUUCCCACAACGUCGCUCCAAGAGGGAAAUUUAUAGCAUCUGUGUCAAGCGAAGCAGAAACUGAUCACCCGGAGGCUGAACUGAAGCCAGGUACCGAUCUACUUGGGCAUGUAGAUGAGAUUUUUUUCGAGACAUACGACAGAUACGAGCCAGUAAACGAGCCUUCUCUGGACAAUUGCUUCAUAUCAUCGAGCUAUGAUGCCACCACUCAUUUCGAGUCCACCGUCUCCGAUGUGCUGAAUAUGUAUACAUUGAUCACUGAAAAGGUUCUCGAUCUUAAUGUGGAUCUAAAUGCAGCCAGUGCAGCAGAAGAUUGACUGUAUCUUGUAAAAUAUUUACUACAGAAUGAAUCAACAAACGAGGUAUGUAAGAUAAUCCAUAAAGCAGCGACAAUUGAUGAAGUAGUAUAGACUAUAGAUUACAUACAUUGCUUAUACGUGUGACAUUUGAAUAAUACCAAUAAUUCAAUUUAAGGUUACAUCA